AUGGAGUCAGCCAGGAUUGCAGCGUUCAAUGCAGAAGACACAUCCCAGCCAUCCGCAGUGGUCACAACCGUUGCUGCUACAACAGCACUGCCUGUUACCACUGCUAUCCUUGCCACACCGCUGGCAACUGUGAGCCCUACUCUUAUCCCUAGCACCCCGUCUGUGCUGCCAGGCAUAAAGCCUAGCAGGGUUACCUCCGUGCCAACCCUGGCUCCACGGACCGUCCUCGCCAAGAGGGCACUUUCGAAGAAUGCAAAGCAGGCCUCCCCGACAGCAAAGAGCAAGACCACACUCGCCAAGACGAGAAGAGUAAGGCAGGCUUUACUUCGCAAGAGAAAGGGGGUCACCGGCAACGCGACCAAAGCGACAUCGGCGACAUCAGCUGCCAAUGCAUCUGACCCCGAAGACGGAGAUGGCGGAAACAGCUCUGAAGGCAACGGCUCCAGCUCCGAAGCAAGCAGCGGAGCUGACAAGGAAGCUAAGAAGGCCAAAUCAAGCCCUAACUCAGCUUCAGCUUCGCCUUCGCCUUCGGAACCUGAGCCCUCACAGGGCUGGAUCUCCUGGGUCUUCUCCAACUGGUUCUACUUGGCCUUCUUUUUCGGUACCGUUAUGCCGGCCUGCAUGGGGUUGAUGGCAUGGAUGCCGAUGCUGUCGCGGAUGGCCGGGCGUGGCUAG